GGGGCCGACAUGGCCAGUGUCAUCCUGGAGAGCAUCUUCUUGAAGCGCUCACAGCAGAAGAAGAAGACAUCUCCCCUCAACUUCAAGAAGCGCCUGUUCCUGCUGACAGAGAGCAAGCUGUCCUACUAUGAGUACGACUUUGAACGGGGGCGCCGGGGCAGCAAGAAGGGCUCAGUGGACAUUGAGAAGAUCACCUGUGUGGAGACAGUGGUGCCUGAGCACAACCCUCCCCCUGAGCGGCAGGUCCCGAGAAAAGGAGAGGAUUCCACAAACAUGGAGCAGAUCUCCAUCAUCGAACGGUUCCCUUACCCCUUCCAGGUGGUCUAUGACGAAGGGCCCCUCUACGUCUUCUCCCCGACGGAGGAGCUGCGCAGACGCUGGAUCCAUCAGUUGAAGAGCGUGAUCCGGUACAACAGCGACCUGGUACAGAAGUAUCACCCCUGCUUCUGGAUCGACGGCCAGUACCUGUGCUGCUCCCAGACAGCCAAGAAUGCCAUGGGCUGCCAGAUCCUGGAGAGCAGGAAUGGCAGUUUAAAAGUUGGGCGGUCGCAUCGCAAGACAAAGAAGCCUCUUCCCCCCACGCCUGAGGAGGACCAGAUGAAGCCGCUGCCGCCCGAGCCGGCCCCCAGCACAGCGGGCGAGAUGAAGAAGGUGGUGGCCCUCUACAACUACCUGCCCAUGAACGCGCAGGACCUGCAGCUGCAGAAGGGCGAGGAGUACCUCAUCCUGGAGGAAAGCCACCUGCCCUGGUGGAAGGCCCGUGACAAGAACGGGAGGGAAGGAUACAUCCCCAGCAACUAUGUCACUGAAACCAGCAAUUCCCUGGAGAUCUUUGAGUGGUACUCAAAGAACAUCACCCGGAGCCAAGCAGAGCAACUGCUCAAACAGGAGGGUAAGGAAGGAGGCUUCAUUGUCCGAGACUCCACCAGCAAGACAGGGAAGUACACUGUGUCCGUCUAUGCCAAGUCCUCUGUAGACCCCCAAGGCAUGAUCCGCCACUAUGUUGUGUGCUGCACCCCCCAGAAUCAGUAUUACUUGGCAGAAAAGCACGUGUUCAACACCAUCCCGGAGCUCAUCACCUACCACCAACACAACUCUGCUGGGCUCAUAUCCAGACUGAAGUACCCUGUGUCUCAACACCAGAGAAGUGCUCCUUCCACAGCAGGCCUCGGCUAUGGGUCGUGGGAGAUUGACCCAAAGGAUCUGACCUUCCUGAAGGAACUGGGGACGGGACAGUUUGGUGUGGUGAAGUACGGGAAGUGGAGAGGCCAGUACAACGUUGCUAUCAAGAUGAUCAGGGAGGGCUCCAUGUCAGAGGACGAGUUCAUCGAUGAAGCCAAAGUCAUGAUGAACCUGUCUCAUGAGAAGCUCGUGCAGCUUUAUGGGGUCUGCACCAAGCAGCAUCCCAUCUUCAUCAUCACCGAGUACAUGGCCAACGGCUGCCUCCUGAACUUCCUGAAGGAACCUCGGCGGCGGUUCCAGCCUGCCGAGCUGCUGGAGAUGUGCAAGGAUGUCUGUGAAGCUAUGGAGUACCUGGAAUCCAAGCAGUUCCUGCACCGGGACCUGGCUGCUCGCAACUGCUUGGUGAAUGAGCAAGGAAUUGUGAAAGUAUCGGAUUUUGGCCUUUCCAGGUACGUUCUAGAUGACGAGUAUAUGAGCUCCAUGGGGUCAAAGUUCCCAGUGCGGUGGUCUCCCCCUGAAGUGCUCCUGUACAGCAAGUUCAGCAGCAAGUCUGAUGUCUGGGCUUUUGGCGUUCUGAUGUGGGAAGUUUACUCCCUGGGGAAGAUGCCUUACGAGAGGUUCAACAACAGCGAGACAACGGAGCACGUCAUCCAGGGGCUGCGCCUCUACCGCCCGCAGCAGGCUUCGGAGCGGGUCUACACCAUCAUGUACAGCUGCUGGCACGAGAAGCCGGAGGAGCGUCCCACGUUCUCAGCGCUGCUGGCCGGCAUCCUGGACAUCCCGGACGAGGAGCCCUGACCGCGGGCUGGUACCACGGGGCCGCUGCAGCGGGACACGGCACCCGAGGGGCCCCUCACGGCCGCCCCUCGCCAAGCCCCGGACCGAAGCGUGGUCCGCGGGCCCGGGACCGCUCAAUAAACCGUUCCGAACGAUG